AUGGGCCCCAGGACAGAGCGUGAACGUUCAUCAAGGAAUUUCAAUAUCCCCCGAUCUAAACCGACAGGAGAGCGAGCUCGUGGCUCAAUGGUUAGAGUGUGGAACUUUGAUCCACUGAAUGAGGAACUAUCGGCAACAAUGGACCAAUCAGAUCUGACGAGGAAUGGCCUAGCCACGGUGCAUCUUGAGAGUAGAAGCAUUCCCCGCAGUCUACCAAUGAUUCUUGCUCCCAGGGCUUUGAUCCUCGCACACCAGAUUGCCACUCGUCUGAUUGGUCAUCUGGGCGCCGUGGUUAGGCGGGAUGCUGAGGUUAGGCAUGAGGACGAUCUGCUGCUCUUCCUGCCCAACUUGCGCUACCUCCGCGGCGAAGUUUUUGCGGCUGCCGUUGUGGUCGUGGUCGUGCGGUUGCUCUUCAAACUGGAUGACUCUUUUGAGGUGAGUUCUCCCUUUUUCUGUCAUGAGGGCUGCUUUUUCUCACCUGAUCUCGGUCGGCAGACAUGA